AUGCACACUAAGGGGAAUGGGUCAACUGUCAUGUAUGAUGGGAAGCCAAGAACAGUGAUACAGUCAACUGCCAUGUAUGAUGGGGAGCCAAGAACAGUGAUACAGUCAACUGUCAUGUAUGAUGGGGAGCCAAGAACAGUGAUACAGUCAACUGUCAUGUAUGAUGGGGAGCCAAGAACAGUGAUACAGUCAACUGUCAUGUAUGAUGGGGAGCCAAGAACAGUGAUACAGUCAACUGUCAUGUAUGAUGGGGAGCCAAGAACAGUGAUACAGUCAACUGUCAUGUAUGAUGGGGAGCCAAGAACAGUGAUACAGUCAACUGUCAUGUAUGAUGGGGAGCCAAGAACAGUGAUACAGUCAACUGUCAUGUAUGAUGGGGAGCCAAGAACAGUGAUACAGUCAACUGUCAUGUAUGAUGGGGAGCCAAGAACAGUGAUACAGUCAACUGUCAUAUAUGAUGGGGAGCCAAGAACAGUGAUACAGUCAACUGUCAUGUAUGAUGGGGAGCCAAGAACAGUGAUACAGUCAACUGUCAUGUAUGAUGGGGAGCCAAGAACAGUGAUACAGUCAACUGUCAUGUAUGAUGGGAAGCCAAGAACAGUGAUACAGUCAACUGUCAUGUAUGAUGGGGAGCCAAGAACAGUGAUACAGUCAACUGUCAUGUAUGAUGGGGAGCCAAGAACAGUGAUACAGUCAACUGCCAUGUAG